AUUCAUAGAAAGUACGAUGAUCCCAUUAUUAGUUAGCCAACAGAACAAAGGCGCUGCUGUGUUCUCCACGACUUUCCACUUCAGCAGAACGCCAGAUGAUGAUCCCGUCUCGUGAUCACACCAACGAAUACAGGCGAAAGGAUUAUUUGUAAAGGGGAGAGCUGGUGCGUAGGGGUGCACUAAAAAUUAUCCUCAGAACACGUCAUGUUUUCGGCUCUGAAGAGGUUGACCACGGGCAGUGGCCCCAAGGUGGAGGCCGCAGCAGGGAAUAAUGGAGUCACCCCCAUGGCAUCUUCCUUGCAGAAAAAGUUCUCCAAAGGAGUUCAAUAUAACAUGAAAAUCGUAAUACGUGGGGAUCGGGGCGUUGGCAAAACCUGUCUCUGGUUGAGACUGCAAGGAAAAGCUUUUAAAGAGGAUUAUGAAGCCAGCGAAGAGAUAGCUGUCGCUGACAUCCAGUGGAGUUAUAAAGCGACAGACGACGUCGUAAAGGUCGAGGUGUGGGACGUUGUCGACCGUGGACGGAAGCGUCCUCCUCCGGAAGGCCUGAAGCUCAGUUGUGAUGAAAGCGCAGCCCCUGAAGGAGUCGCCCUUGACGCUGAGUUCGUCGACGUUUACAAAGGGACCAACGGCGUUUUAUUCGUGCUCGACAUGACCAAAGCCUGGACCUUUGAUUACGUCCAGCGUGAGCUUCCAAGAGUGCCUGGACACAUUCCUGUACUUAUUCUAUCAAACAGAUGCGACAUGCAGCAUCACCGGACCGUGGCCGUGGAGGUGGUCGCCGGUUUCGCCGAGAUGCAGGAGCGCGUGGCUCCUGUCCGGUGCGCCGAGGCUUCCAUGCGCAACGGAUUCGGGCUGCGAUACCUCCACAAAUUCCUCAACAUUCCCUUUUUACAACUGCAGAAAGAGAGUUUGCUCCAGCAGUUGAACACGAACGAGCGUGAAACUCAACUCACGCUGCACGAGCUCGACCUUUACCAGGAAACAAACCUCGACAACAGCUAUGACAGGUUCAGUGAAAAGCUGAAUGCCCAGAGGAGACUGCAAGCGGAGGCUGCAGGAGUGGUCGGCGCGGCUCCUCAGCCGCUGAACACGCAGCCCAUUCCGGAAGCAGUGGUCCCGCCGGUCAAAAAAGCCAGCAGCGUGGCUGCAGUUUCAAAGAUCGAGACAGCUGCGACUGCGGCAAUCGGGACCGUUUCCAGCGUUGAGGAAUUUGUUCCGGACGGAGCUGUUUUGGACAACAGCUUCCUGGACGACCUGGACGCCACUUCUGCCGCGGCGCCUGCUAACUUAAAAGGAGGCGUUGAAGAAUCUGACAGUGAGGCUGAAGUAGUUGGUGGAAACCCGCUAGUUGCCGGCUUCCAGGACGACAUUGACGAAGAAGAGGAUUUCGGCACACGUCCAGAGAGUAGUUCCGAGGACCUGCGUUUGCCGGAAGUGAAAGAUUGCGAGGAAAAUGAUGAAUUUCAAAUGCCGCCUGGCAAGAUAGACAUCAGAGAAGACUGGUUGAUUCCGGGAAAGGCGCGGAGGAGCAGUCCGGAGGGGCGGGAGGAGGCCGACGACACGCCUGAAGCCAAUUCCCCUGUUUCUCUCAAGGCGGAGAAGGUGGAAAAACCCAAGAAGAGUAAAGAGAAGAAGGAGAAAGGCGAGAAGAAGAAAAGCAAAGAGAAGAAGAAGAAGCAGCGAAAGGAGCGCGACGAACUCGAGGAAUUUUUAAACGGCACUGCCGGCCCCAGUCCGAACGAAGAAUCUUACGAAGCUCUGUAACUUAUACAUGUAUAUAUAUAUUUUAUGAUCUCUAACUAUUAAUGAAAAUAAAACUGUUACUCUGGGUUAUUUGUUAAUCAUAA